UCUCACCUCCUCUCCACCCCUUCUAUCUAUCGCUGCUGCCAGCCUCCUAAAAGAGCGUAUCCGUGAGCAGUAUACUGGUAUAUAGAGACCGUAUAUGCCGAGAAUUCACGGUGGAUUUCCCUGACGAGGACCACUACUGAGCGACAGAGCUGACCAUGGAAGAACUUACGGCAUUCGUGUCGAAAUCUUUCGAUCAGAAAAGCAAGGAGAGCAGCAAAGAGAGUAUCACGUACAGGGAAGUUUUGGAGAGCGGCUUGACAAGGGCGAGGGAGCUGGGCAGCCCGGAGACAAAUCUGCAGGACAUUACGGAGGGCAACCACUGCCCGGUGCAUCUGUUCAAGGACCACGUCGAGCUGGAGAAGGAGAAACUGAAGGACUUUAAUGUUACGAGGGCGACAGAGGGGAUAUAUGAGUGUAAGGAGAAAAAGGAGGACGUGAAGUCCGAGGAUGAAGACGCACAGGGCAAACUGAAGCAGCGGAGGAGUCGCACUAACUUCACCUUGGAGCAGCUCAACGAGCUGGAGCGGCUCUUCGACGAGACGCAUUACCCGGACGCCUUCAUGAGAGAGGAGCUGAGCCAGAGGCUGGGACUGUCCGAGGCCAGAGUGCAGGUUUGGUUUCAGAACAGAAGAGCGAAAUGCAGAAAACAAGAAAACCAGAUGCACAAAGGUGUUAUCCUGGGCAGCGGCAGUCCCCUUGACGCAUGCAGAGUAGCACCCUAUGUCAAUAUGGGUGCCCUCCGGAUGCCCUUCCAACAGGUCCAAGCACAGCUCCAGUUGGAAGGGGUCACCCACUCCGCCCACUCCCACCCCCACCUGCACCCUCACCUGGCCGCUCGCUCCCUACCUGAUGUUCCCACCCCCUCCCUUCGGACUACCAAUUGCGUCUCUCGCCGACUCGGCCUCAGCGGCGGCGGCAGUGGCAGCGGCCGCCAAAAGCAACAGCAAGAACUCGAGCAUCGCCGACCUGCGACUCAAGGCAGGACUUCUGCGGGGCCAGUGGCUCAGUCCACUCCAGGCACAGAUCACAUCCCAAGGACCGUACAAACACAUGUGGAUGUCUGUCUGAGGGCCGGGCCGGGGCCCAUCAGACCAGAAGAUGUUAGAACAAAGCAAACUGGCAGGCAGCAGCAGGGCCAAAAGCAGAGCCUCGCUGACACUGGCUGCCGCCAUGUUGACAAUGCAAAGGGUUGAGCUUGGGAGGGGGGGGGAAACAGACCCAAACACCACCUCACCGAGGCAUUGGAACAGCUCUCAUCUUCACCCCCCCCACCCCACUCCUCUCAGAAAAGAAAGAAGAAAACAUUAAAAAAAAAAAAAAAAAAAGGCCAUAUUUGUCUCCAACCACUGUGUUCCCUGCUGCUGCCAAGUGCAUGAGCUCUAAUGGAGGACCGUUCUGGGACUGGUUUCCAUCCGCACCUGACAUUAACGCUCGACAGCUGUUUUAAACACUGCCAUACAACAUGCCCCCAACACCUUCAAAGUCAAAGGUCUCCAUUACAGUCUGAUAUCUUUCUUUUGAUGGACUUAUGCUAUAAUAAAAGCAACAAAUCCUUUUUUUUUUGUUAGCUGCAGAGGGGAGAGACGUUACUCAGUGUUGUCGGGCAUGUGUUGGCGAGUCUUGGUUCGCAUUUCUCCUCAAAGUGUGCUCUCUCUCUGUCUUUAUUGUUUUGUUUUGUUUUUUUCCCCUUUCUGUUUGUUGUGUUUGUAUUUUGGGUAAAGAAGUGAAGAUCGCCUUUGCACUUCAGGUCUCGUACGUGGGUGUUUACAAAUGGCACUACAAGCAGAUACUACUUUACUAAUUAAAGGGGGAGCUGGGUUUGAUCAGCAAAAAGAUAAAGGGUAUAAAUGGGAUUUUUUUUCUUUCUUUUUUUGUAAUUCUGAAAAAUAUGAAGAAAGCAUCAGUCAAACUGAAAUGCAAUGGUGUGCAGUUUAAGUGCAAUACUGUAAAUAGCAAAAAAAAAAAAAAAGAAGUAAAAACAGCUAGCAGUUAGUCCCCAAUGAUAAAGAGACCCAAUGAUUUUUUUUUGUUGUUUUUCAUGCACUGUUGGAGUGUUGAAAUGUCUUCGCCAAACACACCAGUUUAUCUACGGCAGUGUAUAUUUUCUUUAGUUUGAGAGAAACCCCCCCCCUUACAAACCAGGUGCCAUAUCCCGCAUAACCUCCUAUGUGUUCAAACAAUUUUCUAUACAUCAGGCACAGCUGUUUGAGGAAGACACGAGCACAUUUUCUGGAUGCAGCAGAAAUUAGGGUAAAGUAAAAGAAACUCUCUUAACUACCCCACUGACAUUUCGAAAAACGUGUUUGCUUUUUGGAUUUUGGAAAAGGAUUUAUCACCGAAUCAAAAAAAAAAAAAAAAAAAAAAUCAACACUCUAACCAAGCAGUUGUUUAUGAUACAAUUAGUUUAAUUUUGCAUGUUAUGUGAUUUUUCUUUUUUCAUCCUCAAUUUCCUUGAUAAAUUCAGAGUGCGUUUUACAAAUUGUUCCAGACAAAACAUUUGGAUUAAAUUCAGUUUAUUUUGACAACCUUUUAUACACUGCUGUCAGAGCUGUGCUAAAUAUGUAGAUCCGCUUCAGGUCUCCAAACGACAUUUUCUAUCUUAACAGACCUCCAUUUAGAAAUGUUUAUUAAUGUCUCCAUUUUAAAUUAAGCAUAUGGGUGUUUUAUUUAUUAUUUUGUUUGAAAGUUUAUGAAAGAUUAAAUAGUUGAACUUACAAGUGUACAUUUUUACAUGGCUUUGCAUUUAUUUUUGUAUGUUUUUAUUAAGUGUUUCAUUUGAAUUAGGGCGGGGUGUGGCUGUAGUACAUUGUUUGCCUAAAAAAAAAGAAAAGAAAAAGAAAAUGUAGCGUGUCCGAGUUUACAAACAUUUCAGGGACGGUUGAAUUUAACAAUACUCCAUGGAAUUUGUUGUACCCAUUAAAAUGAUUACCAUUUCAUAUGCAAGCAUGCCUAAACAUGAAUCAUCGUACGGUUUGUUUUUCCCCUUUUGAGUCACAAAAUAUG